UAGGAUGAGGGAUAUUUCCCGGAAGUACCUGCUUUUAUCUUUAUUUGAUCUCUUAACUAGAAGUUCACUCACAUCCUCCACACAAAACACUUAAACCAAUUGGCUAGACAACAACGUGGAAAGUAGGAUAGGGUACCAGGACUCGAGUGAAAAUACGACCUUGAUUGACACUAUACAACAAUGCCAUUUUAGGUUAAACUUGACCUAGGAUGGGGUAGUUGUUGACACGUGCUAACCAUUGAAAAUAACUUGUACGGAUGAAAUCGAUCAAUCUUUUUGGCGCCGCUGCCAGGGAACCUUGGUAACUAGUAGAAAACCAUUGAGUUGUUAGUUUAGUCCUUAUCCUAUAUUUUAUUAUUGUUAGUAGAAAUUAUUUCGUUAUGCAUUUCCCUUUUUGUGCCUUGUUUUCAUCCACUUUUCCCCCCGAAGAGUGGGUUGUGUUUGUCUGAUCUUUCCUUUAAAUUUUUGUGAUUAUAGCUUCUGAAUAAUGGACCCUUAUGACUGCACCAAAGUGCGGGGGUAUUCACCACUAGCUAGAGAUGACUAAUCCGAAGCUUCAUGGAACGAUCAAGAUGGAGGAAGUCAACGAUUCAUAUUCUUUUAUUCGCCUUCCUUCCAAGAAGUAAAAAUUUAUUGAUGUGAUCCCGCUCAGAAGCAAAUACGCGGCCAAGCAUGGAAAAUACCCGACCGGGUAUUUUAGUAGGGAGACCGGGUAUUUUGGGGCUGUUACCAAGAAUCUGUUCAGAAGACAGUUAAUCUCAUGGCCUCAUCUCACGACCGUGAGAUAGGGACUGGUUACUCCAAAUUUCGGGUUUUCUUAUUUUUGUUAUUUUUUAAUUGUCCAGACCAAUAUAAAGGCUGAGAUUCGGGUUUUGGGGUUGGUUUUUAAGUAAAAUAUUGAUUUUUACCUUGGAUUUGAGCCUGAGGCUUGAUCUUUUCUCUGUAUCAAUCAAGUUUUCCCCUUGAUUGUGGUUGAGAUUCUACCUUUCUAUAUUGAUUGAGCCUUCUCCCGAUAUCGUAUUGAGAUUGCACUUUCAAUUCCAUCCUAUCCUUAUCGUUUUAUCCAUGUUCUAGGAUCCGUGCUCGUAUCAGGUGGUAUCAAAGCUCCGGUUCAACACAAUGGCAAGAGGUAUUGUCUUUUCGUUUCACAGUUAAAAAAAAAUGUUUGAGAUUUGCAGUACUAUUCACGGUACUGUUAAUUGGAAAAAAAAAAAAUUGUUCAUCAGCCACAAAGCUGAACGUGGGUUGGAAAAAAAUAUCUUGGAUUUUGGUUUGUGUAUUUGUGGUUCAAACCAUGGAGCAAAACAUUGAAGACGCUAUGAGAGAGCUAUUAGCACAUAUGGCUUAGGUGGGGAGCUAUGCUUCAAACCAUGGCUGAACAGAGUUUGAGUUAUGAAAAGGAGCAAGCGAAUCUGGAAGCAGAGAAAUCGUCGAUCAACUGUCCAGAACUACAGAAGGAAGAUGGAGAUUCCUACGAGCUGGUCGCGGUGGAAAAGAAGCCGAUGGUUUAUAGUGAUCCUUUUUAUGUUGAUUUUCUUGCAGAAUCCCACAAGCGUUGAGCUUCGUGACUGCAAAGCAAGAAACGAGGACUGCUGAGCUUGCAAAUUGGGUUCAAGACACUUCUCGAGAGGAGCAUGAGCGUAACGUUUAUUUUUCUAUGGACGAUUGUCUUUUCUAUCACUGGAAGUACAGGAAGAAGAGACAAGAAGACGAUGAACAUUGCUGGAGAACUUUAGAUUAUUUUGUUUGGAAGUCGGGAUGGAAAGCUUUGAGGGCAAAGCUUCUUCAACGAGGAGGGACUGAUGUGAUCCCGUUCAGAAGCAAAUACCCGGCCAAGCAUGGAAAAUACCCGACCGGGUAUUUUAGUAUGGAGACCCUGUAUUUUGGGGCUGAUACCAGGAAUCUGUUCAGAAGACAGUUGAUCUCAUGGCCUCAUCUCACGGCCGUGAGAUCGGGGCAUGAGAUCGGGACUGGUUACUCCAAAUUUCGGGUUUUCUUAUUUUUGUUAAUUUUUAAUUGUCUAGACCUAUAUAAAGGUUGAGAUUCGGGUUUUAGGGUUGGUUUUUUAGCAGAAUAUUGAUUUUUUACCUUGGAUUUGAGCUUGAGGCUUGAUCUUUUCUUAUAUCAAUCAAGUUUUCCCCUUGAUUGUGGUCGAGAUUCUACCCUUCUAUAUUGAUUGAGCCUUCUCCGGAUAUCAUGUUGAGAUUGCACUUUCAAUUCCAUCCUAUCCCUAUCAUUUUAUCCCAGUUCUUUGCUGCGUUACUUUGAUAACUACGAGUACAGGAUCCGUGCUCGUAUAAUUUAUCCUUGGGAAUUACAAGAAUUCUCUCUAUUCAAUGCAGUUAGUCGUCCACAACCGGAAUCAAAAAGCCAUUUAGAGCUUUUGGUGGAGCAGUUCACUCAUAACACAGAAGCGUGCUCCGUUGUGGAAUCUUCAACAACAAUCCCUAUUGACUAUUCUUUACUAUGGAGAACGGAGGAGAUGCUCUGAAAAAUGGAGAGGCUAGGUGAGAUUGUUUAGCAAGAGUGUGCACAACUUGCUAGUGUUUCUCCCUUACCAAACAAGAUGAAGAUGAAGGAUGUAGAGGCUAGCCAAGAAGACUUGGAGAAGCAAAACUGACUCAUCUCGGAGAACUCUCGAGAUAUUGUUAAGCAAGCACGUUCUUUGGAAAUGGAUAACAUUUAGGGAGAAGGAAAGAACGUCGAAAAAGGGAAAGGUCUUGUUCAUUCCUACAUGUAGCCACACUUCAAAGAGAAAGGAACGACGGUUCCAAGUGCAUUUGGUGUCCAACUUACGGUCUCUUAGAAAAGAACCCAUUUUGCGACUCUUUGCCAAAUUGAGGCCACACAGUCCAAUAUCCCUCUUGGUGGAUCUAAUGACGAUCAACCAAGAUUUUAUUACAUGGUGUUGGGCAACGAGAAGAAUAGGAAAAAGAAGAAAAGGUCUUGUGGGGGAAUACUAAAACCUCGCCAAGUCCAUGUGUCGGCUACUCAUUUAUGACAUUCAAGACUCGUGACUUGAGGCAUCGACUCAUAGAAGAGAAUCUCAACUUCAAGGAGGUUCUAAGCUGGACCGAGAACUUGAAGAUGAUGGCCCGGUGAAACAAACUAAAAAGACACGC